AGAGAUUCAUAGAGAGUCAAAGAAAUUCACAGAAAAAGUUUAUGUUUGGCCCUUAUCUUCCACAACUCCUGACAUUGCUUCCGAUAAAAAAUGUGGUACUAAGACUUUUAUUGAAUACGACAUUGAUGACACUUUGGAAAUCAAGACAGAAAUCAUACAAGAUCAAAUGUCUGCUACAAAUCAGAAGCAUCAUAAAACAAACCCAAGCACAUUACAAUCGAGGCUUAAUUGCGACAAAUGUUCUCGUAGUUAUGCUACGCUGAGUGGUUUAAGUAAUCAUAAAUGUUCAGAGCUCGCAGUACUCAAACCGGAAUUCAUUUGCGAUUAUUGCAUAUAUAAAACUAAUGUAAAAGGUAACUUUUUAAGACACGUUACUUCACGUCACAUACAGAUGCCGCAAACCAGGAACUAUUGCGACAAAUAUUUUCGAAGUUACACGCUCAGUGAUUUAAAGACUUAUCCAAGUUUUGAACAGACAAUAUUUCAAACGCAAUUUAUUUGUAAUUUUUGUGAAUAUACAUCGAAUACGAAAAGUUCUUUGGCAAAACACAUUACAUCACACCACACACCAAUGUCGAAAACAAGGCAGAAAAUGCAUUCUUGCAACAAAUGUUCUCGAAGUUACACUUCCUUGGGAGGUUUAACUCGACACAGACGUUUAAGUCACGCAAAAGUCAAACCACAAUUUAUAUGCGAUUUUUGCGGAUAUAAAUCGAAUCAGAAAGGAAACUUGUCAAAACACAUUACUGCACUUCACUUACAAACAUCCAAACAGAGGCAUUAUUGCACCGAUUGUCCGCGAAGUUACACUUGGUUAAGUGCUUUAACCCGGCAUAUACGUUUAGAACAUGCAUCAGUUACACCACAUUUCUCUUGCGAUUUUUGCGAAUAUGAAACAAAUUUGAAAAGUAGUUUGUCAAAACACAUUGGUAUACGCCACAUGAAUUAAUAAUAACGUAAACUAAUCAUUAAAGUUAAAAAAAUAUCUAGUAAUUUUUGGAAAAACUCUUGUUUCUAUAAGAAUUAAUAUUAAUCUUUACGAAGAUUCCGAAAAAUAAAAUGUAUUCUUCCUCGAUAUUGAAUUGAAAUAUAUUUAACUACAGAAUUUGUUAUAUAUCGAAAAUAUAUAUUAAAUGUUACAA